CAUUAAAGCAUUCAGUUUUAGAUACUCAAUUCUUCUGUGUGAGAUUGAAGCUCAUCUAUGAAUCUCCUUCUUCUUGUUCUCUCCCCUCUAGUUAUCUUCCUCUUCAAAUUUGCCUACUCAAUCCUAUGGGUCCCGUGGAGGACACAAACCCACUUCAGAAAGCAAGGCAUAAGGGGCCCUGGCUACCGUCCGAUCUUCGGCAACUCCGCCGAGAUCCGCCGUCUGUUCGCCGAAGCUCUCUCUAAGCGAGUCCCAUUCGACCACCACAUAGUUCCACUCGCCAUCCCAUUCUACCACAGGUGGUCCUGCAUGUACGGGAAGACUUUCCUCUACUGGUUCGGGCCCAAACCCAGGCUGGCAAUAUCCGACCCGGAUAUGAUCAAAGAGGUCCUUGUCAAUUCCAGUGGCUCGUUUCAGCAGAAACCAUUCACACCUUUAACUAAAACCCUCUUCGGAGAAGGCCUCGUUGGUCUCGAAGGCGAUAAAUGGGCUUUCCAUAGAAGGAUCGUUAACCAGGCCUUCAAAACGGAGCAGGUCAAGGGUUGGGUCCCAGAAAUUGUGGGGAGUGUCAUGAAGACGUUGGAGAAGUGGGAGGGUAUAAGAGGAGAGAAAGAUGAGUUUGAGAUGGAUGUGCACAAAGAAUUUCGUGAUCUUUCUGCCGAUGUUAUAUCGAGGACAGCAUUUGGAAGCAGUUUUGAGGAGGGCAAGAGAAUUUUCAACUUACAAGAACAGCAAAUGCACCUCUUCUCUAAGGCAAUUCGGAGCAUCUACAUCCCUGGAUUCAGGUUUUUGCCCACCAAGAAUAACAGAGAAAGGUGGAGACUACAAAAGGAAACUACUGAAUCAAUACGGAUGUUGAUCUUGAAUAGUCCCAAAAAGAGAGAAGAUUCAACAAAUUUACUCAGUCUGUUGAUGUCUUCUUACAAGAACCAGAGCGGUGAAGAAGAAAAAUUAGGGUUAGAUGACAUCAUAGCUGAGUGCAAGACCUUCUACCUUGCAGGAAGUGAAACAACUGCUUCUCUUUUGACUUGGGCGCUUCUCCUUCUAGCACGCCAUCAGGAUUGGCAAAGCAUGGCUAGGGAAGAAGUGAUUUGCGCUUGCGGAAACAAUAAGCUUCCUAAUGCAGAGAUUUUGAAUGAUCUUAAGAUUGUGAGCCUGAUAGUUAACGAAACGCUUAGACUCUACCCUCCAGCUCUGAUGCUAAUGAGGCAAACAUCGAAGAAGGUUAAGCUUGGGGACCUUGAUAUUCCUGCUCACACACAACUCUACUUGGCCUUGACCGCUGUCCAUCAUGACACUGAGAUAUGGGGAGCAGAUGCUAAUGAGUUCAAUCCCUCGAGGUUUUCAGAGCCUCGAAAGCAUUUAGCCUCAUUUUUUCCAUUUGGUCUGGGGCCUAGAAACUGCGCAGGUCAAAACUUGGCUCUGGUGGAAGCAAAAGUAGUCUUAGCAACCAUCAUUCGCCACUAUUCUUUUGUGGUGUCUCCAUCCUAUGUCCAUGCGCCGAUGUUGCUUAUUAGUUUACAGCCUCACUAUGGUGCUCAAAUCCUCUUCAGGAAGAUUCCAAGUUGAAAACUUAAAGCAUUGUACGUCUAGAUUAACACUUCAAAUAAUUGAUUCCUACUGUCGUGUAUUGCAUGUCCUGUUUCUGUAUGCCUUAUGUGCCAACCAAGUUUUGGUAUGUUAUAGAUUGUAAUUUGUAUUAUAUAUAUGAUGAUACAAGUAACAGAAAGGAGAACAUGUAAAUUAAUUUGGAUU